AUUAAAUUCAUAGUGCUUUAUUGGCAUGAGAAACGCAACUCUCUCGCGAGAGUUGCGUUUGGCAACGGUGAGUGACGUAUCAGGAAGUUUACAUACCGACAAGAAACACGAGGGCAUCUGUGAAUCUUCGUACACACGUUGAAGUAGGCUUUUGACAUGUCUUCUAUUUUAAUAAAUGCCCUUUUAUCAAGUUGUCAUGAUCCGGAUACUUUGUUUAACACGUUGUGCUGGCCAAGUGAUCUGUGGCCGGACACAGAAAGAGUAGAGGCACUGACAACGUUUAUUGAUGGGAUUGGUAAACUACCCCAGUCGGACACAUCUGACGAUGGCGACAAAGUUGCCUUUUCAACUGCAAAAAGAGACAUCUUUCUACGAAAGGUUGAGUCGAUCAUUUGGACACAAUGUUUACCACUUCUCUUGAAAGUCUCGAACGGAGACAUGGCAUGCAAUGGUAAAAGUGUGCAAGAUGGAAGGGGUGAAAUCACCAACGCUGUGUGCUGGCUUCUUUCUGUCUGCAUCAACACACUGUGUGAUACGGCAGUUUCAGGGCGAGUCGCCCGCACUGUCCUGCCAUCCUUCCAGCUGCCAGACGGGGAGACGGAGGAAGAGCUUCCCGGUGAGGGGCGGCUGGGUAUCGACGUGGCUAUCGAAGCCAUGUCAGUCAUUCUACCCACUCUCUCAUCCAACGAAGAAUUGACCACGUCGAUCCUCUCAUCCGCCAUGUCCUGUAUAAAGACGUUAUCGGAUGCUCUGGUGUCCAAAAUCACCGUUCGGCUUAUUUUCACUCUCCUCAACUGCUACAGCGAGGAGAGGAUAGCGAGUACACUCCAAUUCAUCUUAGAGGAUCUGUGUAGCUGGCACAAGAGUGACAGCUCAAACACGAACUCACCUGUGGUGACAGAACGCACUUUGCUGUGUUUAACAGCUCUCUCCGACUAUCUCUUCCCGCCUGCUAAACUACAGCUGCACACCCCUCCUCAAAGUCUGAGCUAUACUCGACCUGACCCUCGUCGUUCUCUGCAGUUCUGGAGGAUUCUACAAGAUGGACUGACCCACAAAGACAACGUGUCCCGGAAGCGGGCGUUGUACCUGCUGAAAAGGUGUGUCGCUCUGUCGGAGGAUGAGGCGGCCGAGUUUCCAAGCAGUUCAGUGUCAAUUGAAGGUAAUAUGCUAAUACAUGUGACAGACAGACUGACAAGCUUGAUUAUAAUAUUAUCCAUAUGAAGCCAUUUUCUUCACUAUACAGAUUAAUACUAAAGUCUGUAAAACAGUAUAGUUUAGCUUAGUUGUAACUAUGUGAGUCCUUUGCAGAUGAUGAGAUCAUAUUCAGAUGGGCCCCAGACAGAAGCAAGUUGCUCAGAGAGUUCUGGGAGGACUAUGCCUUGGUUAUGGAGACACUGGAGGAGAACCAGGUAAGGAAUAUUAUGGGUAACACUUGCUAUGAAACCCCUCUUCAUAAUGCAUUAUACAUGCAUUUAUAACACCGUUAUAACGUCAUAAACAACUAUUACCUUUCCUCUGUUUCUUUCCAGAUUCAUGUGGUCCGCCCUGUGCUCAACAGAAUCCAUACCUUGAUCCAAACAGCAGCGAAUGAUAGUCAAGGUGAUGAGUGUGUUUGUGUCAACCAUAAGGUGACAACCCAAACCUUUUAAAAUCCUGCUAAAUACUGCCUACCAAUGGUCCAUCUGUCUUCUCUCAGGCAUCAGUCUGUUCCACCCGUCAUGGCUGCUGGGUGUGUACCAUCGUAUGUUCCACAGUGAGAACAAGUCCGUCAUGAGAGAGGGAGUGUGUCACCUCCUGGUACUCCAGGUGGUCCGACGCCCUGCCUUCGCCCUGGCCUUCUCACAGGUACCUGGUGCACUUGCCAAUCAGUGUUAGAACAUCUACCCAGAAUGACCAAAUUCUAGGUUUUCCCUUUUAUAAUAUAAUAAUAUAAUAUGCCAUUUAGCAGACGCUUUUAUCCAAAGCGACUUACAGUCAUGUGUGCAUACAUUUUUUACGUAUGGGUGGUCCCGGGGAUCGAACCCACUACCCUGGCGUUUUCUAUGUUAUUAGUGUAUGCACUGUCCAAUAGUCAGCUACUUCCUUCUCAGGAGUGGUGGAUUGGUGGUGGUUUUGUUUCUUGGUUUGGUGGGUGAGAUGAGGAGGGACGGUAGGUGUUUAGUGUAUGAGAGAUCUUCUUAUCCUUUGUCCCCUUGUUCCUCAGUUCAUUGUGGGUCCUUUUAUGGAUGUGAUGUCUGAAAGCUCCCUCUUUCACAGGUGAGCCAGCGCUCAUAGCAGCACAACAGCAAAACACAAUAUUGAUUUAUAGACACAUAGAUGAUGCAGUUUCUGCUAGUGAUGAAGUAGUGAAUUAGGCCUAUUUAGAGUGACUUCCACUCAAAAUGUUGAGGAGGGUUAUGUCUCUCAAUCUCCAGGACUGCAGGCCAGAGUGUAGGAGAGUGUCCUGAGCUGGGAGUCAAGCUGCAGGUCUUCAUGGUCAGGUUCUUCAGCAGCCUGCCACAGGAGAACAGAGGUACUGUAACAGAGCUUCCACACAGGGCACUGAAAAACCUGGGCCAUGUUCAGUAGGAUACACCCUAGUACAACGUUUUGCAGAGGAAAAUGAAAAUCUGGGUUCUUCUUAUUGGACAAAUUCAUGUACAUUUCAAAAAGUUUUCUCCCAACUGAACUUGACCCAGAUUUUUGUACUGUAGCUUGUUGUGGUGGUAAUGCAAACAGUAAUGACUGUUCAUCAGAGAUGGUCUGUAAUGUUGAUCCUCUGUCCUCUGUCUCCCCAGGCCCUGUAAUGUUGAUCCUCUGUCCUCUGUCUCCCCAGGUCCUGUAAUGUUGAUCCUCUGUCCUCUGUCUCCCCAGGUCCUGUAAUGCUGAUCCUCUGUCCUCUGUCUCCCCAGGUCCUGUAAUGCUGAUCCUCUGUCCUCUGUCUCCCCAGGUCCUGUAAUGCUGAUCCUCUGUCCUCUGUCUCCCCAGGUCCUGUAAUGCUGAUCCUCUGUCCUCUGUCUCCCCAGGUCCUGUAAUGCUGAUCCUCUGUCCUCUGUCUCCCCAGGUCCUGUAAUGCUGAUCCUCUGUCCUCUGUCUCCCCAGGUCCUGUAAUGCUGAUCCUCUGUCUCCCCAGGUCCUGUAAUGCUGAUCCUCUGUCCUCUGUCUCCCCAGGUCCUGUAAUGUUGAUCCUCUGUCCUCUGUCUCCCCAGGUCCUGUAAUGUUGAUCCUCUGUCCUCUGUCUCCCCAGGUCCUGUAAUGCUGAUCCUCUGUCCUCUGUCUCCCCAGGUCCUGUAAUGUUGAUCCUCUGUCCUCUGUCUCCCCAGGUCCUGUAAUGUUGAUCCUCUGUCCUCUGUCUCCCCAGGUCCUGUAAUGUUGAUCCUCUGUCCUCUGUCUCCCCAGGUCCUGUAAUGCUGAUCCUCUGUCCUCUGUCUCCCCAGGUCCUGUAAUGUUGAUCCUCUGUCCUCUGUCUCCCCAGGUCCUGUAAUGUUGAUCCUCUGUCCUCUGUCUCCCCAGGUCCUGUAAUGCUGAUCCUCUGUCCUCUGUCUCCCCAGGUCCUGUAAUGUUGAUCCUCUGUCCUCUGUCUCCCCAGGUCCUGUAAUGUUGAUCCUCUGUCCUCUGUCUCCCCAGGUCCUGUAAUGUUGAUCCUCUGUCCUCUGUCUCCCCAGGUCCUGUAAUGUUGAUCCUCUGUCCUCUGUCUCCCCAGGUCCUGUAAUGUUGAACCUCUGUCCUCUGUCUCCCCAGGUCCUGUAAUGCUGAUCCUCUGUCCUCUGUCUCCCCAGGUCCUGUAAUGUUGAUCCUCUGUCCUCUGUCUCCCCAGGUCCUGUAAUGUUGAUCCUCUGUCCUCUGUCUCCCCAGGUCCUGUAAUGCUGAUCCUCUGUCCUCUGUCUCCCCAGGUCCUGUGUUGCUGCAGCUUGUCCAGCGGCUAGGCUCUCAACACUGGUGUUCUGUCCCCAUCCUCUUCCUCUCUCAGGCCCUGUCCCACCUCCCUCCCUGCCCUCUCCUGGGCCCUGACGGCCUGCACGCUCUCAGGUAGCCUGUGGUUAUGGGGCAAAUCUGAAAUAGUACCCUAUUUGUUGGUCCAAAGCCCUAUGAGUGCACUAUAUAGGGAAUAGGGUGCCAUUUCAAAUGCAGCCAUUGUCUAGACUCUAACUUGACAAUAGGUUAUUUAUUUAGUGUUUAUUAUGGCCAUAGUGGUAUUGCUUGGUGUGGAAAUGUGGAUUCUAUGAAUCUCCAUAGAACACUCUGCUUAGUCAAUGGCUAUGGGUAAUCUGUGUCCGGGAAACUGUCCCUAAGGGUUUCUGUGUUGUAUCUCAGGGAGGUGCUUCGCUCCACCAUGAUCACCCACCAGGUGCUACUGAGAGGAGCGGCACAGUGUUUCCUGCUAAACACCGCCCUCUCCCUGACAGAUGUGGUAAGACACUAUGAUGUGUUUGAGGCUGUGCCACGUUGGUGCAAAGUGAUGACAUUUAUCACCCAAAUACAGUGUUGAAGAAGAGAUUAUAGCUAUCAGCAUACAAAUGACAACAUAAUCAAAAUAGCCGUUGCUAAACAUGGAUGAUAUUUGUGCCAUCUUUUGCAGACCUCAGUGACGUUGGAUAAUGUGUUUAGUUUGCUGGUGCACUUCAGAGCAGACGAGUCUCUAUGUAGAGGGACAGUACUCUGGAAUCAGGUACUGUGUGGGGGUGGAAUGAGGGAAGAGGUCUGUUCUUUUCAAACGUAAAAAUUAUAAUAUUUAGUGUAUUUCCAUCAGUUUUCCCUUGUGUAUUUGUGUCUCCUCACUAGCUGUGUGACUGGCUGGCUGAAAGUGAAGGCAGCUUCAGGCCCUGUGUCAGAGAAUCAGGUGAUGGUACCAGUACCAGUACUUCUCCAGAGAGAGAGACUGUGAGAGGCUACGUCCAACAACAGAUGGAGGCCUUCCUCAGAGUCCCGGCUAGCACAGGUGAGUCCCGGCUAGCACAGGUGAGUCCCGGCUAGCACAGGUGAGUCCCGGCUAGCACAGGUGAGUCCCGGCUAGCACAGGUGAGUCCCGGCUAGCACAGGUGAAUCCGUUUUUCCAAUUUACGAGUAUUAUCUGAUCACGAAUAUCAACGGUUACAGAUAUGAGUAUGUCUAGAUGGACACACCUCUAGUAUAUACAAUAGAUGACUGUAAUGAUGAACUUUGUUGUGACGUCCUACAGAGCAGACAGACAGUGUACCGGACCCAGGAGAGGCUGAGCUGCUAGCCAGGGCCAUCCUACUGUGUGUUGACACAGAGGAGAGGACUCAGAGGAGUUCUGGAGGAGAGGAGACUACUGGUGUCAGCAGUGGGAUGGAGUCUGUCUUACGCCCCCUACUGGACACACUGAGCAGGCUCCACACUAAUGUCUACCUUCCGCUACGCAAGACUGACAAGAGCCUGCAGCUGCUGCUACGACUACUGCAGCUCACACGCUCCAGACACACCCCUGCUGCAGUACUGCAGCUCACACGCUCCAGACACACCCCUGCUGCAGUACUGCAGCUCACACGCUCCAGACACACCCCUGCUGCAGUACUGCAGCUCACACGCUCCAGACACACCCCUGCUGCAGUACUGCAGCCAGAGAAAGAGCAAGGUAUUUACUGUACUCUACUGUACUCUACUGUACUCUACUCUACUGUACUGUACUGUACUCUACUGUAUUCUACCGUACUCUACUGUACUCUACUGUACUCUACUGUACUCUGCUGUACUGUACGGUGCUGUACUCUACUCUACUGUACUCUACUGUACUGUACUCUACUCUACUGUAUUCUACUCUACUGUAUUCUACUCUACUGUAUUCUACUCUACUGUACUCUACUCUGCUCUGCUCUGCUCUGCUCUACUCUACUCUACUCUACUGUACUCUACUCUACUCUACUCUACUCCUCUUCUUUUCUCAACUUGACUCGAGUAGUGAUCCAUAGCAGUGAUCCAUAGCAGUGAUCCAUAGCAGUGAUCCAUAGCAGUGAUCCAUAGCAGUGAUCCAUAGCAGUGAUCCAUAGCAGUGAUCCAUAGCAGUGAUCCAUAGCAGUGAUCCAUAGCAGUGAUUCAUAGUAAUGAUCCAUAUUGAUUCAUUGCACUGGAAACAUGCAACAUCAUAUUUUCUGUAUUGUAAAAAUAAAAAUGAACGUUUUUUGUCUUCUGUCUUAUACAGAGGACAGUGUGACGGUCUCCAUGGAAACGCUGAUUCUGGGCGUGGUGGAGCCCAUUCAGGAGUUCAUCCUCCGAAGACUGAGUGGAGAACUGCAGGAGGUGAAAAUGCACGCUCACUCUCACUCACAUCCUAUAACAUUGAUCAUGUACCUGUAUUUAUCCUCAGCCUGUGUUUUGUUUGUAUGUCCUCUCCAGCUAUGUGAUGUAGAGCGUGCUGAGCUCUACCUGUCGGUGCUGAAGGAGGUGGUGCUGAUGUACAGUGUGUUAGAGUGGAACCACUCCAAUGUACAGGCCUAUUUCCCCAGACUCCUCAGAUAUGUCCUGAGGAGCCUAGAAGCUGACCAGGUAUAGUACUACAGGAUCUAUCUACCCUCUCUCAAGCUGCUAUCCUUCACUAGUCAAUUCAUAAAUCAUUGGAUUCAUGUGUCAAUUUGAAUAAUGGGAUAUUUCUUUUAGCGGUUACACUCUGAUUUCAAAGAAGACUAGUUGAACUGCUAUUUGUCAUGACAUAUUGAUAUUUGUCAUGGUUUUCACUAUUGAACUGGAAGGGACUUCACUGUGUUUGUGUUUCUCUUAGAUCCCCUCUGUGGCGGGUCAGGUGUCCAGGGCGGUUGCCAUGGCGUCGUUGGCCAUGACCUGUGAGGUUGCAGCGCUGGGAGUGUUCAACCUCCAAUCAGAGACCAUGAUUCUACUGGUCGAUCUGUGUUGCUACUUCUACUCCCCUGCUCCACCCCCAGCCCCUCCUCUCUCUCUGGCCAACUUCAACCAGACCCUGCUGAAACCUCCCACUGCAGAUCAGUCAACAGGGUCAGUAGAGAACAGUAGAGUGUAGUAUAUAGUAUGGAUGGAUGGUAUUGUUUGAAUGCAGAUGUAAUGUGUUGUUGGAUAGUACACAACUAGUAUAAACACUAUAUGGUCCUCAUUUCUCUGACAGUCAGGGCUCUAAAUUGUGACUGUUUUGGUCACAUGCUCUUAAAUAUUUUGCUGUGCAACCUGGAAUUUACAUUUGGGAGAAAAAACAUCUCCCAGAGGUUACAACUCAAAUGGUAAAAUGGAGAUUGUGUAUGGGAUAUGGACAGCUAAAUACAGUGAGCUCCAAAAGUAUUGGGACAGUGACACAUUUGUUGUUGUUUUGGUUCUGUACUCCAGCACUUUGGAUUUGAUACAAUGACUAUGAGGUUAAAGUGCAGACUGACAGCUUUAAUUUGAGGGUAUUUUCAUCCAUAUCAGGUGGGGAAAUUACAGCACUUUUUGUACAUAGUCCCCCCAUUUUAGGGGACCAAAAGUAUUGGGACAAAUUCACUUACACUACCAUUCAAAAGUUUGGGGUCACUUAGAAAUGUCCUUGUUUUCCAUGAAAACAUACAUGAAAUGAGUUUGAAUAGGAAAUAUAGCAAAAUGCAUAGGAAAUGUAGUCAUUGACAAGGUUAGAAAUAAUGAUUUUUAAUUGAAAUAAUAAUUGUGUCCUUCAAACUUUGCUUUUGUCAAAGAAUCCUCCAUUUGCAGCAAUUACAGCCUUGCAGACCUUUGGCAUUCUAGUUGUCAAUUUGUUGAGGUAAUCUGAAGAGAUUUCACCCCAUGCUUCCUGAAGCACCUCCCACAAGUUGGAUUGGCUUGAUGGGCACUUCUUACGUACAAUAAGGUCAAGCUGCUCCCACAACAGCUCAAUAGGGUUGAGAUCCGGUGAAUGUGCUGGCCACUCCAUUAUAGACAGAAUACCAGCUGACUGCUUCUUCCCUAAAUAGUUAUUGCAUAGUUUGGGGCUGUGCUUUGGGUCAUUGUCCUGUUGUAGGAGGAAAUUGGCUCCAAUCAAGCGCCGUCCACAGGGUAUGGCAUGGCAUUGCAAAAUGGAGUGAUAGCCUUCCUUCUUCAAGAUCCCUUUUACCCUGUACCAAUCUCCCACUUUACCACCACCAAAGCACCCCCAGACCAUCACAUUGCCUCCACCAUGCUUGACAGAUGGCAUCAAGCACUCCUCCAGCAUCUUUUCAUUUGGUCUGCGUCUCACAAAUGUUCUUCUUUGUGAUCCGAACACCUCAAACUUUGAUUCGUCUGUCCAUAACACUUUUUUCAAAUCUUCCUCUGUCCAGUGUCUGUGUUCUUUUGCCCAUCUUAAUCUUUCAGUCUGAGAUAUUGCUUUUUCUUUGCAACUCUGCCUAGAAGGUCAGCAUCCCGGAGUCGCCUCUUCACUGUUGACAUUGAGACUGGUGUUUUGCAAGUACUAUUUAAUGAAGCUGCCAGUUGAGGACCUGUGAGGCGUCUGUUUCUCAAACUAGACACUCUAAUGUAUUUGUCCUCUUGCUCAGUUGUGCACCGGGGCCUCCCACUCCUCUUUCUAUUCUGAAUAGAGCCAGUUUGCGCUGUUCUGUGAAGGGAGUAGUACACAGCGUUGUACGAGAUCUUCAGUUUCUUGGCAAUUUCUUGCAUGGAAUAGCCUUCAUUUCUCAGAACAAGAAUAGACUGACGAGUUUCAGAAGAAAGUUAUUUGUUUCUGGCCAUUUUGAGCCUGUAAUCGAACCCACAAUUGCUGAUGCUCCAGAUACUCAACUAGUCUCAAGAAGGCCAGUUUUAUUGCUUCUUUAAUCAGCGCAACAGUUUUCAGCUGUGCUAACAUAAUUGCAAAAUGGUUUUCUAAUGAUCAAUUAGCCUUUUAAAAUGAUAAACUUGGAUUAGCAAACACAACGUGCCAUUGGAACACAGGACUGAUGGAUGCUGAUAAUGGGCCUCUGUACGUCUAUGUAGAUAUUCCAUUAAAAAUCAGCCGUUUCCAGCUACAAUAGCCAUUUACAACAUUAACAAUGUCUACACUGUAUUUCUGAUCAAUUUGAUGUUAUUUUAAUGGACAAAAAAAUUGCUUUUCUUUCGAAAACAAGGACAUUUCUAAGUGACCCCAAACUUUUGAACGGUAGUUUAUAUGUGUAUUAAAGUAGUCAAAACUUUAGUAUUUGGUCCAAUAUUCCCAGAACACAAUGAUUACAUCAAGCUUGUGACUCUACAAACUUGUUGGAUGUAUUUGCUGUUUGUUUGUGUUGUAUUUCGGAUUAUUUUGUGCCCACAUAAAGAAUCUCCAAUCCAAAGUUAAAUCUAGAAUCGGCUUCCUAUUUCGCAACAAGGCCUCCUUCACUCAUGCUGCCAAACAUGCCCUCGUAAAACUGACUAUCCUACCGAUCCUUGACUUCGGCGAUGUCAUUUACAAAAUAGCCUCCAACACUCUACUCAGCAAAUUGGAUGUAGUCUAUCACAGUGCCAUCCGUUUUGUCUCCAAAGCCCCAUACACUACCCACCACUGUGACCUGUACGCUCUUGUUGGCUAGUCCUCACUACAUGUUCGUCGUCAAACCCACUGGCUCCAGGCCAUCUAUAAAUCACUGCUAGGCAAAUCCCCGCCUUAUCUUAGCUCAUUGGUCACCAUAGCAGCACCCACCCGUAGUCUGCGCUCCAGCAGGUAUAUCUCACUGGUCAUUCCCAAAGCCAACACAUCCUUUGGCCGCCAUUCCUUCCAGUUCUCUGCUGCCAAUGACUGGAACGAAUUGCAAAAAUCUCUGAAGCUGGAGACUCUUAUCUCCCUCAAUAACUUUAAGCAUCAGUUGUCAGAGCACCUUACCGAUCACUGCACCUGUACACAGCCCAUCUGAAAUUAGCCCACCCAACUACCUCAUCCCUAUAUUGUUAUUUAUUUUGCUCUUUUGCACCCCAGUAUCUCUAUUUGCACAUAAUCUCCUGCACAUCUAGCAUUCCAGUGUUAACACUAUUGUAAUUAUUCUGCACUAUAGCCUAUUUAUUGCCUUACCUCCAUAACUUGCUACAUUUGCACACACUGUAUAUAUAUUUUCUGUUGUAUUUUUGACUUUAUGUUUUUUACCCCAUAUGUAACUCUGUGUUGUUUUUAUUGCACUGCUUUGCUUUAUCUUGGCCAGGUCGCAGUUGUAAAUGAGAACCUGUUCUCAACUGGCUUACCUGGUUAAAUAAAGGUGAAAAAAAUAAAUAAAAAAAAUAAAAUAAAUAUUGAUUUUGUUAGGAUCUCUUUUAGCCCGAAGGCUAGUCUUCCAAGAGUUCUUAAGAAAUAUAAAAAACAUACAGAAAUUUGAAAAACAACAAUAGCAAAGUAAGAACACAAACAAGAUCCAUGUUUCUAUUACCUCUACAUAUUACACGUUACACACCCCAGCCUACCCCUUCUCCACCCACAUACUGUUUUUUUACAUUUUAAAUCAAUUAGCAGUCGCUCUUAUCCAGAGCAACUUACAGCAGUGAGUGCAUAAUUUUUUUUUUUUCUCGUACUGGUCCCCCGUGGGAAUCAAACCUACAACCCUGGCGUUGCAAACGCCAUGCUCUACCAACUGAGCUACACAGGACCUAUACCUCAUGUGCAUAUUAAUUUAAAUACAACAGAACAUAUUACAAUAACCUCUUAGACUCACUCUAGUCGUUCAAAACAUUUUGUGAAUUUAUCUCUUAAAACAACUAUUUGUCAAGUUUAAAAAAAACUUUCAAGGAGUUCCAGGACUACACUGCCCUGAAACUAAAAGCUAUUUUGCACAGCUCUAAUGUGGGUUUUGGUGGCCUUGGUAAUCAGAGGUCCCUAGUAGAAGUAAUGUGUGUGUGUGUGUGUGUGUGUGUGUGUGUGUGUGUUGUCUGGGAGAUAGUAGUAAUCAGAGGGCCUUACUGAUAUCUCUGAUAAUUAAGAGUUUGUCAUCUGUCCACAGUGUUUCAGAGCAGGGUCCUCUCCUCCAGGACUGGGGCCGAAUGGCAGCUAAUUUCAUCCGGGACCAGUGGACGUGCCUGGGCUACGGGAGGAGGAUAGGACCCCCCGGGCCCAUGGAGCUCCCCAGGGCGUCAGUGUCUCUCCAGGCUGCUAUAGAGGCCCUGUCUCUGCUACCCAGUGGCCUGGUACUGCCUGUACUGGACUUCAUGGCCUCCAUGUUGCCACAGGUGAGUCUCUCUUUUUUAUUCCCACCUUUAUUUAACCAGGUAAGCCAGUUGAGAACAAGUUCUCAUUUACAACUGUGACCUGGCCAAGAUAAAGCAAAGCAGUGCGAUAAAAACAACAACACAGAGUUACAUAUGGAAUAAACAAAACGUACAGUCAAUAACACAAUAGAAAAUCUAUAUACAGUGUGUGCAAAUGUAGUAAGUUAUGGAGGUAAGGCAAUAAAUAGGCCAUAGUGCAAAAUAAUUACAAUUUAGUAUUAACACUGGAAUGAUAGAUGUGCAGAAGAUGAUGUGCAAAUAGAGAUACUGGGGUGCAAAUUAGCAAAAUAAAUAACAAUAUGGGGAUGAGGUAGUUGGGUGGGCUAAUUUCAGAUGGGCUGUGUACAGGUGCAGUGAUCGGUAAGCUACUCUGACAACUGAUGCUUAAAGUUAGUGAGGGAGAUAAGAGUCUCCAGCUUCAGAGAUUUUUGCAGUUUGUUCCAGUCAUUAGUAGCAGAGAACUGGAUGGAAUGGCGGCCAAAGGAGGUGUUGGCUUUGGGGAUGACCAGUGAGAUAUACCUGCUGGAGCGCAUACUACGGGUGGGUGUUGCUAUGGUGACCAAUGAGCUAAGAUAAGGCGGGGAUUUGCCUAGCAGUGAUUUAUAGAUGACCUGGAGCCAAUGGGUUUGGCGACGAAUAUGUAGUGAGGGCCAGCCAACGAGAGCGCACAGGUCACAAUGGUGGGUAGAAUAUGGGGCUUUGGUGACAAAACGGAUGACACUGUGAUAUACUACAUCUAAUUUGCUGAGUAGAGUGUUGGAGGCUAUUUUGUAAAUGACAUCGCCGAAGUCAAGGAUCGGUAGGAUAGUCAGUUUUACGAGGGCAUGUUUGGCAGCAUGAGUGAAGGAGGCUUUGUUGCAAAAUAGGAAGCCGAUUCUAGAUUUAACUUUGGAUUGGAGAUGCUUAAUGUGAGUCUGGAAGGAGAGUUUGUGGUCUAACCAGACACCUAGGUAUUUGUAGUUGUCUACAUAUUCUAAGCCAGACCCGCCAAGAGUAGUGAUUCUAGUCGGCAGGCGGGUGCAAGCAGCAUUCGAUUGAAGAGCAUGCAUUUAGUUUUACUAGCGUUUAAGAGCAGUUGGAGGCUAUGGAAGGAGUGUUGUAUGGCAUUGAAGCUUGUUAGGAGGUUUGUUAACAGUGUCCAAUGAAGGGCCAGAUGUAUACAAAAUGGUGUCGUCUGCAUAGAUGUGGAUCUGAGAGUCACCAGCAGCAAGAGCGACAUCAUUGAUAUACACAGAGAAUAGAGUCGGCCCGAGAAUUGAACCCUGUGGCACCCCCAUAGAGACUGCCAGAGGUAGUUGGUGAACCAGGGGAGGCAGUCAUUUGAGAAACCAAGGCUAUUUAGUCUACCAAUAAGAAUGUGGUGAUUUACAGAGUCAAAAGCCUUGGCCAGGUCGAUGAAGACAGCUGCACAGUACUGUCUUUUAAUCGAUCGCGGUUAUAAUAUAGUUUAGGACCUUUUGCGUGGCUGAGGUGCACGGAAACCAGAUUGCAUAGAGCAGAAGGUACGGUGGGAUUCGAAAUGGACGGUGAUCUGUAGCAGUUUGGAUCUAGAGUGUCACCCCCUUUGAAGAGGGGGUUGACUGCGGCAGCUUUCCAAUCUCUGGGGAUCUCAGAUGAUACGAAAGAGAGGUUGAACAUGCUAGUAAUAGGGGUUGCUACAAUUUCGGCGGCUAAUUUUAGAAAGAAAGGGUCCAGAUUGUCUAGCCCAGCUGAUUUUCAGGGGUCCAGAUUUUGCAGCUCUUUCAGAACAUCAGCUAUCUGAAUUUGGGUGAAUGAGAAGCGGGGGGGGCAUGGGAAAGUUGCAAGGGGGGGGGGGGGGGGCAGAGCUGGUGGCCGGGGUAGGGGUAGCCAGGUGGAAAACAUGGCCAGCCGUAGCAAAAUGCUUAUUGAAAUUCUCGAUUAUCGUAGAUUUAUCGGUGGUGACAGUGUUUCUUAGCCUCAGUGCAGUGGGCAGCUGGGAGGAGGUGCUCUUAUUUUCCAUGGACUUUACAGUGUCCCAAAACUUUUUGGCGUUAGUGCUACAGGAUGCAAAUUUCUGUUUGAAAAAGCUAGCCUUUGCUUUCCUAACUGAUUGUGUAUAUUGGUUCCUGACUUCCCUGAAAAGUUGCAUAUCGCGGGGGCUGUUCGAUGCUAAUGCAGUACGCCACAAGAUGUUUUUGUGCUGGUCAAGGGCAGUCAAGUCUGGGGUGAACCAGGGGCUAUAUCUGUUCUUAGUUCUGAAUUUUUUGAAUGGGGCAUGCUUAUUUAAGAUGAGGGAAAGCACUUUUAAAGAACAACCAGGCAGCCUCUACUGACGGAAUGAGGUCAAUAUUCAUCCAGGAUACCCGGGCCAGGUCAAGUAGAAAGGCCUGCUCGCUAAAGUGUUUUAGGGAGCGUUUGACAGUGAUGAGGGGUGGUUGUUUGACCUCUGACCCAUUACGGACGCAGGCAAUGAGGCAGUGAUCGCUGAGAUCCUGGUUGAAGACAGCAGAGGUGUAUUUAGAGGGUCAAUUAGUCAGGAUAAUAUCUAUGAGGGUGCCCAUGUUUACGGAUUUAGGGUUGUACCUGGUAGGUUCCUUGAUAAUUUGUGUGAGAUUGAGGGCAUCUAGUUUAGAUUGUAGGACGGCCGGGGUGUUAAGCAUAUCCCAGUUUAGGUCACCAAGCAGUAUGAACUCUGAGGAUAGAUGGGGGGCAAUAAAUUCACAUAUGGUGUCCAGGGCACAGCUGGGGGCUGAGGGGGGUCUGUAGCAAGCAGCAACAGUGAUAGACUUAUUUCUGGAGAGGUGUAUUUUUAGAAGUAGAAGCUGUUUGGGCACAGACCUGGAUAGUAUGAUAGAGCUCUGCAGGCUAUCUCUACAGUAGAUUGCAACUCCGCCCCCUUUGGCAGUUCUAUCUAGAUGGAAAAUGUUGUAGUUGGGGAUGGAAAUUUCAGAGUUUUUGGUGCUUCCUAAGCCAGGAUUCAGACACUGCUAGAACAUCAGGGUUGGCGGAGUGUGCUAACACAGUGAGUAAAAUGCAAAAAGCAAAGACUUUUACGGUUACAGAAGUCAACAAAUGAUAGCUCCUGGGGAGUAGGAGUGAUACUGGGGGCUACAGGGCCUGGGUUAACCUCUACAUCACCAGAGGAACAGAGGAGGAGUAGAAUAAGGAUACAACUGAUAUGGUCAUGUCCACUACCUAGCUGAGACAUUGCUUCUCAUCCAGCUCUCUACAGGUUUGUCCACACCAACAACCAUGUUUAAAGGGAUAGUUCACCCAAAUUACUAAAUUACAUAUUUCCUUACCUUGUAAGCAGUCUAUGGGGAAAGACAGUGAAAUCCAAGCCUUGGUUUUGUUUAACAACUGAUUUAGACAGCAACAGUGUUUCAGAAGAAAAAAAAAGGAUAUAGUGGCCAUGUGGUCAACACAUUUAUGUCCUGUUUUAUAUGGCUUCUGAUAAGGCCAUAUGAGAUAGUGAACCUGUAUUCCCCCCUCCCACCACCAGGUGGCACUGUCUGAGGAGGCACUCUGUGUAGAGGCUGUGACUGUCUCCUGGAAGUUGGUGCUGGGACUGAGCAGUAACCCUCAUGACUUCUGGCCCACCCUGCAGGGCUUUGUGUCCAUGGCCUUUCACCACAGCCUGUUGGCGUUAACAGAGGAGCAGGCACCUGUGCUCACUGCUAUUCUACAACAGGUAACUAGAGGGAGGCAUGGGGGAUCAACACCUGGGUUCAAAUGGUGUUUAAAAUCUUUCAAAUACUUUGAGCUUUUGACUGAGCCCACAGAUGAGCGGGCUUUGUACUUCUGGGACUAUUCAAUUGGUUCCAUUUCACCAGGCAAGUUCAAUCAAGAGCAGCUAAAGUAUUUUAUUAAAGAAAAUAAAUACUAAUUGAACCCAUGUCUGGAUGGAAUAGAUCCGUGUGGUGUCAGGCAACUUACUACAUAUUCACUACUUGGAGAAAUGUGUCUUGGCAAGUAGUUUCAGGUAUAUGUUCAACAGAAAAUGUAGUGGUUAUCAUGGGUAUUAAUAACACAACAUUGAUGUGGACACAGUUGAUGUGUAAUUAACCCACUACUGACUCCACUUCAUUUCUAGAUAGCUGUUGAGCUGACGGACCUCUCCCAGGCCAAGACCGGUGUAUUCAACGUUCUGAUCCAACACUGCUGCCACACCUGGCUGCCCUCUGACCCAGGAAGUGAAGGCCAGAGCCAAUCAGACGCCAUGUUCUCCAGUGCCCUACUGCACCCUGACAUCCUGACUGAGGCAUGUGUGUAUGGACCCGUGUUCAGGAGGGACCAAAGGUGUGUGUGUAUGUGUGUGUGUGUGUGGGGAGUGUGAGGAGUGUGUGAGAAAGAGAAAGAGAGUGAGUGUUAGUGAGUGAGAGUGGAAGUGAGUGAGAGUGGCUGAGAGUAAGUGAGAGUGACUGAGUGUUCAGGGCUUAUUGCAGUGGUGAGGGUCAUGUCAUGUCUGGAUAAUGGCUGGUCUUCUCCAUAGGCUGAUCCAGGAGGUCCAGGUCUAUGUGGAGGGGCUUGGAGAGGAGUGUGCUGCUAACACCACUGUCCCCAGGUCAGCUGCUGAACUCAGUUCAUGUACCUUACUGUACUAUACUGUAGUCUACUCUACUCUACUACUGUGGUCCUCUGGAGCUCAGUUGGUAGAGCAUGGUGCUUGCAACUCCAGGAUAGUGGGUUUGAUUCCCAGGACCACCCAUACGUAAAAUUUAUGCAUACAUGACUGUAAGUUGCUUUGGAUAAAGGUGUCUGCUAAAUGGCAUAUAUUGGUAUUAUUUAUUACUGUAGUGGGACUGGAACCUAUUACCUAACCCCUCACUAUAGUGGGACUGGAACCUAUUACCUGACCCCUCACUGCACUGGGACUGGAACCUAUUACCUGACUCCUCACUGUACUGGGAUUGGAACCUAUUACCUGACCCCUCACUAUAGUGGGACUGGAACCUAUUACCUGACCCCUCACUAUAGUGGGACUGGAACCUAUUACCUGACCCCUCACUAUAGUGGGACUGGAACCUAUUACCUGACCCCUCACUGUACUGGGACUGGAACCUAUUACCUGACCCCUCACUGUACUGGGACUGGAACCUAUUACCUGACCCCUCACUGUACUGGGACUGGAACCUAUUACCUGACCCCUCACUGUACUGGGACUGGAACCUAUUACCUGACCCCUCACUGUACUGGGACUGGAACCUAUUACCUGACCGCUCACUGUACUGGGACUGGGACUGGAACCUAUUACCUGACCCCUCACUGUACUGGGACUGGAACCUAUUACCUGACCGCUCACUGUACUGGGACUGGGACUGGAACCUAUUACCUGACCCCUCACUAUAGUGGGACUGGAACCUAUUACCUGACCCCUCACUGUACUGGGACUGGAACCUAUUACCUGACCCCUCACUGUACUGGGACUGGAACCUAUUACCUGACCCCUCACUGUACUGGGACUGGAACCUAUUACCUGACCCCUCACUAUAGUGGGACUGGAACCUAUUACCUGACCCCUCACUAUAGUGGGACUGGAACCUAUUACCUGACCCCUCACUGCACUGGGACUGGAACCUAUUACCUGACCCCUCACUAUAGUGGGACUGGAACCUAUUACCUGACCCCUCACUAUAGUGGGACUGGAACCUAUUACCUGACCCCUCACUGCACUGGGACUGGAACCUAUUACCUGACCCCUCACUAUAGUGGGACUGGAACCUAUUACCUGACCCCUCACUGUACUGGGACUGGAACCUAUUACCUGACCCCUCACUGUACUGGGACUGGAACCUAUUACCUGACCCCUCACUGUACUGGGACUGGAACCUAUUACCUGACCCCUCACUGUACUGGGACUGGAACCUAUUACCUGACCCCUCACUAUAGUGGGACUGGAACCUAUUACCUGACCCUUCACUAUAGUGGGACUGGAACCUAUUACCUGACCCCUCACUGUACUGGGACUGGAACCUAUUACCUGACCCCUCACUGUACUGGGACUGGAACCUAUUACCUGACCCCUCACUAUAGUGGGACUGGAACCUAUUACCUGACCCCUCACUAUAGUGGGACUGGAACCUAUUACCUGACCCCUCACUAUAGUGGGACUGGAACCUAUUACCUGACCCCUCACUGUACUGGGACUGGAACCUAUUACCUGACCCCUCACUAUAGUGGGACUGGAACCUAUUACCUGACCCCUCACUGUACUGGGACUGGAACCUAUUACCUGACCCCUCACUAUAGUGGGACUGGAACCUAUUACAGUGGGGAAAAAAAGUAUUUAGUCAGCCACCAAUUGUGCAAGUUCUCCCACUUAAAAAGAUGAGAGGCCUGUAAUUUUCAUCAUAGGUACACGUCAACUAUGACAGACAAAAUGAGAAAAAAAAUUCCAGAAAAUCACAUUGUAGGAUUUUUAAUGAAUUUAUUGGCAUAUGAUGGUGGAAAAUAAGUAUUUGGUCAAUAACAAAAGUUUCUCAAUACUUUUGUUAUAUACCCUUUGUUGGCAAUGACACAGGUCAAACGUUUUCUGUAAGUCUUCACAAGGUUUUCACACACUGUUGCUGGUAUUUUGGCCCAUUCCUCCAUGCAGAUCUCCUCUAGAGCAGUGAUGUUUUGGGGCUGUCGCUGGGCAACACGGACUUUCAACUCCCUCCAAAGAUUUUCUAUGGGGUUGAGAUCUGGAGACUGGCUAGGCCACUCCAGGACCUUGAAAUGCUUCUUACGAAGCCACUCCUUCGUUGCCCGGGCGGUGUGUUUGGGAUCAUUGUCAUGCUGAAAGACCCAGCCACGUUUCAUCUUCAAUGCCCUUGCUGAUGGAAGGAGGGUUUCACUCAAAAUCUCACGAUACAUGGCCCCAUUCAUUCUUUCCUUUACACGGAUCAGUCGUCCUGGUCCCUUUGCAGAAAAACAGCCCCAAAGCAUGAUGUUUCCAACCCCAUGCUUCACAGUAGGUAUGGUGUUCUUUGGAUGCAACUCAGCAUUCUUUGUCCUCCAAACAUGACGAGUUGAGUUUUUACCAAAAAGUUAUAUUUUGGUUUCAUCUGACCAUAUGACAUUCUCCCAAUCCUCUUCUGGAUCAUCCAAAUGCACUUCAGACGGGCCUGGACAUGUACUGGCUUAAGCAGGGGGACACGUCUGGCACUGCAGGAUUUGAGUCCCUGGCGGCGUAGUGUGUUACUGAUGGUAGGCUUUGUUACUUUGGUCCCAGCUCUCUGCAGGUCAUUCACUAGGUCCCCCCCGUGUGGUUCUGGGAUUUUUGCUCACCGUUCUUGUGAUCAUUUUGACCCCACGGGGUGAGAUCUUGCGUGGAGCCCCAGAUCGAGGUAGAUUAUCAGUGGUCUUGUAUGUCUUCCAUUUCCUAAUAAUUGCUCCCACAGUUGAUUUAUUCAAACCAAGCUGCUUACCUAUUGCAGAUUCAGUCUUCCCAGCCUGGUGCAGGUCUACAAUUUUGUUUUUGGUGUCCUUUGACAGCUCUUUGGUCUUGGCCAUUGUGGAGUUUGGAGUGUGACUGUUUGAGGUUGUGGACAGGUGUCUUUUAUACUGAUAACAAGUUCAAACAGGUGCCAUUAAUACAGGUAACGAGUGGAGGACAGAGGAGCCUCUUAAAGAAGAAGUUACAGGUCUGUGAGAGCCAGAAAUCUUGCUUGUUUGUAGGUGACCAAAUACUUAUUUUCCACCAUAAUUUGCAAAUAAAUUCAUUAAAAAUCCUACAAUGGGAUUUUCUGGAUUUUUUUUUCUCAAUUUGUCUGUCAUAGUUGACGUGUACCUAUGAUGAAAAUUACAGGCCUCUCUCAUCUUUUUAAGUGGGAGAACUUGCACAAUUGGUGGCUGACUAAAUACUUUUUUUCCCCACUGUACCUGACCCCUCACUAUAGUGGGACUGGAACCUAUUACCUGACCCCUCACUAUACUGUGUUGGGGCUAAAUAAAACAUGGAGUUGACCAUGUCGCUGACAAUAGUGGACAUUCUUUGUACUAUAGUCAACAGUGAAUGUAGUCCAUAUUUCUCAUCAGAGAUACAUUUAUCUCUGUGCUUUCUCUCUCUCAGUGACAACAGGGAUGACCAGUUUCCACGUGUGUGUGUCCUGGCGUUCCUCAGCCGCCUCCAGCCCUCUAAUCAGCUGCAUGAGAGACUGAUGGAAGAGCUGGUUCUCCGCUUGCUGAAGAAGGUAAGACCAGGGCUCUUCCUCAGUUAGUCUUUCCUCGCGGCCUCUCUCCUUACCUCCUUGUCAAAAUGCAUUAGAGGAGAACAUCCAAGGUUCCUCCUCUCAGAUCUUAUCCUCCAUUGAAUUUUGAGCAGGAGACGACCAGAGAGGACGGUAGGAAUCAAGGCAAGACUGACACUGCUGGAGAUUUGGCUUGUUCAUAGUCCAUGAUGUCUACUCAUUCAGUGUGUUCACAGCAUCACACACAUUAAUCCAGUUCAUACUCCAGUAAUAUAUUAAAGACCAUUGUCCAUCUCCCUGAGCUCCAACACAGUAGUUCUUAGUUAAUGUGUAGUUUUAAAGAUAAGUAUUUUUCUCUUUCAGGAUGAGGCCAUAUCUAAGUCGAAACAGCGUUACUAUAGCAACUCCCUGCAGCAUCGCGUGAAGAACAGGGUGUGGCAGACACUGCUGAUGCUGCUACCCAAACUGAGAGCGGUGAGACACACACACACACACACACACACAAACAAUACACACACACACACACACACACACACACAAUACACACACACACACACACACACAAACAAUACACACAAACAAUACACACACCUGAAUUAACCCUCUAUUAACCCUGUGUUUGUGUUCAUCCAGGAGUUUGUAGGUAGCAUUCUGGGUCGUGUGUUUGAGGCAGGCUUCGUCAGUAACCAGGCCUCAGUCAAGUACCUGAUAGAGUGGAAGAUGGUUCUAAUCCUAGUCCAGUACCCUGAACACAUAGACCGACUCUGGGCCUGCUUCGCUGUGGUGAGUGCUUACACUUUUCGUAUGUGUAUGUGAUCACUGCGGGAAUUGAACCCUCAACCUUGGUGUUGCUAGUGCCACACUCUUACCCACUGAGCCACACAGGACCACAAAAACUGGUAUCUAUUGUAUUGUCACUGAAUGAAAACUGGUAUCUAUUGUAUUGUCACUGAAUGAAUACUGGCAUCUAUUGUAUUGUCACUGAAUGAAAACAGGCGUCUAUUUUCACUGGCUCAAAGAACUUGUAAUAGUCAUUAUUGAUCUAUAGCCGGUGUGUCUUAUUGAUGUGAUUUGUGUCUUUGUGAACAGGACCAAGAGAAGACCAAGACCAGUAUCUGUACCUUCCUGUCUGUGUUGGUCCACCUCAACAUCAUCAUGCCUAAACUCAAGGAGAAGGUAAGGUCCACAUAUCACAAUCAUCAAGUAAAACCUUCAAAGCACAGGGGACUCUUCCUCCUCUCCUGACCCGCUCUCCUCCUCCUCUGUGUCCCUCCCUACCAGGCAGUACAGUGGUAUAAGGCCAUGGAUGUGAUCCUCCAGUGGUGUUUCAGUGUGUUUCAGCCAUAACUUCAGUGUUCACACCUCUCUCUCUCUCUCUCUCUCCCCCCCCCCCCCACCACCAGGCAGUACAGUGGCGUAAGGCCCUGGAUGUUAUCCUCCAGUGGUGUUUCAGCCAUAACUUCAGUGUUCGCCUGUACGCCCUGCUGGCCUUGAAGAGGGUGUGGGGUCUGCAGGGGGCGAGGGCCGAGGAGGGGCCGGACGGGCUCGGGGGGCUGGCCACCGUCGUUAAGGCCUGCCUGCACCAGGCUGAGGCUAUGCAGAGGACUGGGUGAGGGAGUUACAUGUGAACUAGGAUGUUGUUGGAUCAUUUUUGUAGCGCUAACAAGGUUCAAUUCUCGCAGGAAUCACAUUCUAAAAUUCAUGCAGUCACUGUACUUUAAGUCACUUUGGAUAAAAGUGUCUUCUAAAUGGCAUAUAUUAUAUUAUACCGGUACCCUGUAUAUAACCUCCCUACUGUUAUUUUAUUUUACUGCAGCUUUUUAAUUAUUUGCCAUUUAAAAAAAAUUCUUAACUGCAUUGUUGGUUAAGGGCUUGUAAGUAAGCAUUUCACUGUAAUGUCUACACCUGUUGUAUUCGGGGCACGUGUGGCAAAUAAAAUUUGAUUUGAUUUGAUUAUAUAUUACUUUAAGUCACGUUGGACAAAGGUGUCUGCUAAAUGUUCAUAGAUUAUGUUAUUAUUAGUGACACAUAAACCACACUUGGUUAUCCUAGAUCCAUUGGAAUCUGUGGAUAUUGUUAUUGGACUUUGGAUACUUUCAUAUAACUACUGUAUAUCUCUGUACAGAAAUGCCAAUAAGAACUGGAGCAGGAUUCAGCAACACUUCUUCUUUGGUGCCUUUCAUCCUGUUAGAGACUAUAGUGUGGAAGUAAGACACUGCAACCAUUGUAUUGUUGAUUGAUUGUGUCAAUUUGAAGUAUCAAAUGUUUUUGUAAUGUGAAUCUUUUAAAAUCAAUUGAUUCAUAUGACCUAAUUGCUUAGUGUCUCUAAAAACGAAUGAACUGAUUGGUGAUUGAGGAGAGACGACGUGUCUAAACUCUCCAUUUUCCUCCCUUGUCCCAUCCCAGACCAUAUUCUACACGUUCCCCAGCCUAUCAGAGGUGUGUGAGGAUGAGUGGAUUCUGCCCUGGAAGUUUGAGAAGCUGGUGGACUUCUCCCAGAGUGCAUCUCUCCCGUUGAGGAACCCUGUUCCUGACCUGAGCCAGAUUCAGCCUGGAGACUGGAUCCAGCAGGAUAAAGGUACAUUCCCCUGAGGGGAUAAAUAAAGUUGUAUUCAAUUGAUUAGAAAUUAAUUUAAAAAAGAUAUCACCACUAGAGGGGAGCAGAGACUUCGUACCCAACAGACAGUGGAGAUCACAGCUAUUCAACUAUUAGUCCAAAGUACUGCUGGUUCUCCCUUCUACCUGGUAGUUAAAUGAUCAAUGAAUGAAAUUGAUUGGCCAGGUCCCUGAUUUAUAAUGAAGGAAUGAAAGCCCUCCAGGACCUCAGUUUAAAAGCCCUGUUGUAGAUGCCUCAGUGUUUGUGUGUUGUCGUUUGUUAGGUGAUCAGGAUGGUGAGGAGCGCUGGGCCGAGGUCCAGAAGAAGAUGACCCCUUGGAGGUUGGGGAUCCAGGAACAGGAGCCAGAGCUGGGUCUGGUGCCCCAGCAGAGAGCAGCACGCCUGGGCAAGCUGCACAGUGCCCUGCUGGUGGUCGCCUCGCUCAUAGACAAGCCCACCAACCUGGGAGGUGAGUGUUUUAUUUUAUUUAUAGAG